CAGACUGGGCCGCCCGACCCCUCUGUUAUCCCGUGGACGUACGUUUGGAUGGUCCACCUCCUGCAGCAGCAUCAAACUAAAGGACUGCGGCCACAACGGCCAUGACUUCCUGCCCAGCCUGGAGGAGGCAGCAGUGCCCAGCGCUUCCCUCGCCGCGGCACACUCUCCUGUUUCACUGGAACUGGAGCCCAUGGUGAAUAAUGGAUCAAGCGAACCUGUCGCUCCAGGUGGCCACACAAAGGAGCCACCGGCGCACAGCCAGCGCUGCCAGCCCCUCUCCAUCUCCACCGUCCCGCUUCCCUCCGCCACCCGCUUCCCGCACAGCCCUUACCACGCCAAGACUAGCAUGCAGGGCGAUGUGUACAACUUCCUAGAGAGACCCGCCGGCCUGAGGUGCUUCCUGUAUCACUUCCUCGUGUUCCUCAUGGUCCUCGUCUGCCUGAUAUUCAGCGUCCUGUCCACCAUCGAGCAGUAUGCAGACUUCGCAACAGGAUCUCUCUACUGGAUGGAGAUCGUGCUGGUGGUGUUUUUUGGGACGGAGUACGUGGUCCGUCUGUGGUCAGCUGGCUGUCGGAGCAAAUAUGUGGGUAUUAAAGGCCGUCUGAGGUUCAUCAGGAAACCCAUCUCCAUUAUAGAUCUGAUAGUAGUCGUGGCUUCUGUUGUGGUUCUGAGUGUUGGGUCUAAUGGGCAAGUGUUCGCCACAUCUGCGAUCAGAGGGAUCCGCUUCCUCCAGAUCUUGCGAAUGCUGCAUGUGGAUCGUCAGGGGGGAACGUGGAGGCUUCUGGGAUCAGUGGUUUUUAUUCAUCGGCAGGAGCUGAUCACCACGCUGUACAUCGGGUUCCUGGGUCUGAUCUUCUCCUCUUAUUUUGUGUAUCUGGCGGAGAAAGACGCAGUGGACGAGGAAGGGAGGACGGGUUUUUCUAGCUAUGCUGAUGCUCUGUGGUGGGGUGUGGUACCUGUGACUACAAUAGGCUAUGGAGACAAGUCCCUCAGGACGUAUGGGAAGGCAACGCCUCCUGCCUUUAGCGUGUUCGCGAUCUCCUUCUCUGCUCUGCCUGCG